CAUCUUCCACAGGGUACGGUCACUCGACGCCCAACACGGUACCGGGCAAAAUCUUCACCAUCCUGUACGCCAUCUUGGGCAUCCCGCUGUGCCUGGUGCUCUUCCACUCCAUUGGUGAACGCCUCAACAUGGUCUCCUCCAUCGCCAUCAAGCAAAUCAAGAAGAUUCUCAAGUGCCAGGACACAGAUGCCACAGAGAUAGACUUGAUCUUGGUGGUGACAACUCUCUCCACCAUCACCAUCACCUCGGGGGCCGCUGUCUUCUCCCGCUACGAGAGCUGGUCCUACUUCGACUCCGUCUACUACUGCGUCAUCACCCUCACCACUAUAGGGUUUGGGGACAUGGUGGCGCUGCAGAAGGAUCACGCCUUGGACCAGAAGCCUGAGUAUGUGGCCUUUGCCCUUAUCUUCAUCCUCUUCGGCAUGGCCAUCGUCGCCGCCUCUCUCAACCUGUUCGUCCUUCGUUUCGUCACUAUGAACACUGAGGACGAAAGACGUGACGAAGCCGAGGCGUUGCAGGCGGCGGCGGGGGCGGUGCGGCUGGAAGGGGAUGUGAUCACAGCCAACGGUUCCAUACUGUCUGGCCAGUGUCCUCAGGAGGGCGCGUCCUUCACCGACCUCACCUCCGUCUGUUCCUGCACCUGCGCCUCCUGUGCCCCGUGUCAUGCCCUCCCCUUCACCCGCUCCUACAGCUUCCGCAAGCGGUCGAUGAACCUCUCAUACAUCCUCCCGCGUCGACAACGGCUCCAGCAACAGCGGGAACAGCAGCAACAGCAACGGGAAAUGCAGCAACGGGAACAUCUGCAGCGGGAGAGAGAACAGCAGCAAGUGACCCACACGGACACUCAGGAGGAACUGUGCUCCUCCUCCUCAGAGAGUGACGUCACACCCACGUUGGCGCAGAAGAGAAACUCGGUCUAGUAUUAUGUGAAGGACAGACUGACGUGCAUAGGUGAGAGGGCAGUGAGAGGGAACUAUAAAACGUCAGGGUGUGGGAGAAAGGGGAAAGUGAGAGGGCAAGGGAAAAGUGGACUAAAAACGUCGAGGGUGUGAGGGAAAGUGGAAAGUGAAAGGGCAAGGGAAAAGUGGACAGGAUAGGGAAUAGAAAGUGAAAAAAAGGAAAUGAAUAGGAGAGAGAAUUAGAAAUAUGAGAGAAAUUAUAAACAAUAGGAAAUGAGAAAGGAAAAGAGUGGACAAGGAACGUGAGGAAAAGGGAGGAAAAAGAGAGGGAAAUAAGAAGGUUGGGAAGAAUUAGGAGAAAUUAAUGAGAAAAGAGAGACGAAAGAAAAUGAAGAGAUGAAGGAGUGUUAUUACAAUGAGGAAGAGUGAAAGUUAUAUUAGAGAAAAGGAAAUGAAGAAAAUAUGCGAUUAAAGAAAGUGAUGAAGACGAAGUAAGGAAGCGUAGAGUGGAAAGGGAAAGCGUGGAAGAGAUAGAGAAAUUAAAACAAGGAAUCAGAGAGUGACUGAAAGAAAAAACAGUAAGGAACUGACUACUCUCGAAGGUGGACCGUGUGAUGUAAGUGAAUGAAUGCCAAACUAACAAGUGAAUUCGUUGUAAAUCCACUGCAGGCGUAAACAGUGAAUGACGUCACCAAAAACGUUUCUUCGGGGGGAUACAGAACGUUUUUUUUUCUUGAGUGAUGUGAAACGUUUGUAAAUGAGGAACAAAGCUGAGAAUGCUUGAUAAAUCUAGCCUUGACUUGUUCUGAGAUACAACCCAGAUUAAGCCUACUUAUUUUAAGAUAUAUUUAAGAGGUCAGGUCAUGGGGUCAAAGUUGGCACGACACUGAUCUCUGGACUGCUAGACACACUAUAAAUGUCUCCUGUACAUACACAGGCACCACAGAUAGUAUAGUGCCAACUUUGAAGCCCUGAACUGACCCCUUAAUUCACUUUGUUAUACGAUUCUUCCGAUAUUUAAAGAGGAAGAAUAUUUUUCAGGUGAAAAUAUCUCGUUAUGACGUGCGUCGAGGUAGAGACGCAUAAGGUGUGGAACGCGGAAUUUAUAAAGCCGUCCCAACUUAAUUUACCCAGCACCUGUGUCGGUCCACGGAUCUGAACGAAUGCUGUCUUGGUCCAAAGUAUAGCCUUUCCUACCUUGUUCAGAUACCUUAGAGAGUUGUUCCUUCCUAACUCGCUCUCUCAUGCCGAAACUAAACGAAAAGAAAUAUAUUGUAUACACAUAUGCAUGUAUAUAUAUAACAUGAAAAUAAACAAUUGAAUAGUGAAGGAAAAUUUAGAAGAAAAUAAAAUAAAUUUCGAAGGUUCGCCUCAACUCGCGUACAAAGUUCAGUUAAAAAGAGACAAAAUUUUUUUUUAUACUGGAAGUUUUUCCAACAUUACUUUCAACCUCGAAAUAUAGACGAAAUUCAUUUAUCAAAAAAGGGGGAGAUUUAUUGACUUAUUUAUUUACUUCGUACUUACCAGAUUAACCCUCAAUAAAAUUUUAAUUGUUGGAAAAAAAUUAUAUGGAAUUAGUUUAUUUCGGCAAUCUUACAGACAUUGUGUAGUGUAGAUAUUAAGUACAUUUGUGAAAAACAAAAGUCUCUCAAGGCUUUUAUAUAAUGUACCUGUAUAUAUAUUUUUUGGAGGAGUGGAACUUUGAAGGAAAUGGUACGGUAUUUUGAAAGUAUUUUUCCCCUUUCUGGAGGUAAUUUGAUUUUUGAAAGUAGAGUAAUCGUUUUUUGGAAAGUAAGUGGUAUCUAGAAUUACUUAAAGUGGUUUUUGAAAGUACUGUAUUGUAAUUGAGGAUUUUAAGGUCAAAGUUUUUUUUAAAGGGAUGUAUAUUAGGGCCGAAAGGUACAGUAAAUACUUUUAAAAGGGAAUUUUCAAUGUAUCUGUUUUUAAGUACUGUAUAAUAAUUGUAGUUUUUGGGAAGGUAAUUUUUUUGAGGUAUUGUAGUUGUUAAAGUAAUUUGUUGUUUUUUUAAGUUUAAAUGCUCAUGAAAUGGAAUCUAUGAAAUAACAGCUUUUUUUAAUUAACUAGUUUCAAAAGUCAAUUUACAAGAUGUUUUUAUAAUAUGUUAUCAGAUUUUUUUUAGAAUAAUUGAGUUUUUAUGGUAAUAUUGAUUUUUUUUAAAUAAUCAUUGUUUGUAAUUUGCAUAUGAAGGUAAUUUUUCUUGUGAAGUAAGUGGUUUGAUUUACAGGUACAGUACUUGUAUUUUACCGUCUUUUUGUAAUGUAAUUGACCUUUUAAGUCGUGUUUUUAAGAUAAUUGUUUUUUAAGGCAAGAAUUUUUUUAAGUAUAGUAAUUACUUUUAAGGUAAACUAUUUUUGUUUUAGGCAAUAUCUUAAGUAAUAAAUUUUAAAGUUAACUAGAUUUUUAAGUCUUUUAGUUUAAGGAAAUUUUUCUUUAGUAUUUUUUAAGAUAACUGUUAUUUUAAGUUAUGAUAUUAAGAUAACUAGUUUCUUUUGUCAUUUACAGUAAUAUUAAUUUAGGCAAUUAUUUUUUAUUUCUUUUUUUUAAUAUGGUAGUUUUUUUUACAUUUAAAAUAACAAACCUUUGAUAUUUUCUAAGGUGAUUGAAUUUUUUUAUAGCAAUUAGUUGAUAAAAGUAAUCGGUUGAUGGAAAUUAAUGUUUUGUUAAGGUAAUUAAUUCCUGAAGUAAUUGAGAGUAUUCGAAGACAGUUAAGAUGGUAAUUACAUGAUUCGGUCGUAAAGAUUCAGUUAGUAAUAUUUUCCAAAGUACAGUAUUUUAUAAUCCUGUUUGGUAAAGUUAUUUCUUCCCCCACCAAAAAAAAAUAAUAAUUUGUUCGAAAAAAAUGGUAUAAUAGAUUACAGUUAAUUAAACCGGAAAUUCAUCGAGGGAAUUGCUUCAAACUAACGAUAUUUUUCCACCAUCAGUCAAAAUAUACCCAAAAGAAUUAUACGCAUAUAUAUUUUUUUUCUGAUGUAAUUUUUGGAGGGACCUUCGGUACUUCAAACUAGUGAUUAUUUUUUUUUGCCUCCAGACUGACAUAGAGGGGCUUAUUCAGUUGUAGGGCGUGAGAGUUACCAUGACGGGGCAGCCUCAACACUGUGAUAGCUUCCUGGCGCAUUAUGCAAGGCUGAGAAACCUCUAUUGUACAUACUUAUAACAAUUUAUUUACCUAACCUCAAGACAAGACACUCACUCCUUCCUACCUGACUCAUCUCCUCCUACCUAGAGAAGAACAAGUCUCUAAUUGUGCUAAUAAUAAUAAUAAUAUUAAUCCACAACAAACUUGUUAAUUAUUAUUAUAUAUAAAAAAAAAGAAACUUCAAUUUUUGAGGUUGUGUGUUUGUUCCCCAGAGUAAGGUGUGUUACAGGGGUCAUGUUGACGGCUCACAGGUGAUACUGUACUGGUGUGUGUGUGUGUGUGUGUGUGUGUGUGUGUGUGUGUGUGUGCGUGUGCGUGCGUGUGCGUGCGUGCGUGCGUGCGUGCGUGCGUGCGUGCUUAAUGGUUCAGAUUUAGUAUGACACUGUUGGUUUGGGGGGCUUACACACACACAGUAUGGUGCCACCUGAGGCCCUGUUAGAUGAUCCCUCAAACAGUUGUAUAAGGAUGGAAGAACAAUUGUUUUUCAUUUUGGUUCUGUCCUAAAACGAAUUGAUGGAUACGUGUCUUGAGAGUUCGUGGGUUAGGAUAUGUGUCCAUGAAGGGCAUGUCCAGGAAGGCGUGUCUUCAAAUACUCAAGUCUUAGUGACACGUGCCUGAGAUUAGGACUCCUAAGGGUGAUCAUUCGAGGUUCUAUGUCCUAGGAUACGUGUUUGUUAGACAUGCCUUCAAGAGCAUUCGCCUAGGGAAUAUGUGGCCAAACAUUAAUACGUGUCCAGUUAUACAUGUCCAAAGAUUAUGUAUCCAAGAGUACAUGUCCAAGAAUAUGUGAGAGUUAUCAAAGGAAAUGUGUUUUGGGUAUAAGUGUCAUAGUGGCGUCUAAUUUAUGAAUUGUUUUUCUCUGUUACAAUUCAUCUAUAUAAUGUAAUAUAUAGAGACCCACAAAGACACAACAGGAACCUACAUAACGAAUUACGUUGAGCCUUAAUUCCUCUUGACCUAAAGGUUCUUUUUUUAUUAUUUCCUUUGGUGGUAAAUGUCUGUUGGAGACCGUCUAUCCUAGGGUAAGAGUGGACGACUGUUUGUAAGAGUUACCCCAAGCCAGUGCUGCAGGAUCCGUUUUCUAUGUCAAGGGGAAGUUGAAACUACAGUAUAUAGUCUCUGCAGAUAUUUUUUUUCUAUAAGUUCGAAAUCCACUACAGUGAUUUUUAAAUGAGUUUAAUAUCAACCAUAUAGAUUUUUAGGAAAGUUUUAAAAAUCUACCACAAUAGAUUUAUGGAGUUUUAAAAUCUAUUAGUGCCUAUUUAUCAGGAAUUCAAAUGAGAUUCUGAAUAGUUCAAGAUUAAAUGACAUCAGAUUUUUUUUUAACAAGUAAAACAAAAAUACAUCACUGGAGAAUUCGUUAGGUUCAGGAUCUACAAAAAGACAGAUUAGUAAGUAUAAAAUUUAGAAUCGAUACUAGCACAAGUACAGCCUCCGAUUUUUGCAGAUUUCGAAGGCCUGUUAUCAAGUACCAGUAGCUGAUUUGACUGAAGGUUUACCACACACACACACACACACACACACACACACACACACACACACACACAGUCACACACACACACAGUCACACACUCGCAUAUUUCAGCCAUCUAUUGUCAAGGACGAUAUAUCCACCUCAUCGUCUAAAGUGUCACUCCACCACCACCUACUCCACAGUCAUACACACCUCUCUGAUUGGUCAUUUAGGCCCCCAUCCUAAUAGAUCCCAAUUGUAAGUCUAAUUAUGUCCCAAUUGGUGCCAUUUAACUGCUGUCUCAACAGGUCAUUGUACCAGGUCAUCAUAACCAAGUCAUACCAGGUCAUUAUGCCAGGUCCAUCAUAUCAAGUCAUACCAGGUCAUUAUACUAUGUCGUUAUACCAGGAAAUCAUAACAGGUCAUCAUACCAAGAUCAUCUUCAUAUCAGGUCAUUAUACCAGGUCAUCAUACUAAGUCAUUAUACCAGAUCACACCAAGUCAUCAAACCAGGUCAUUAUACCAGGGCAUUAUACCAAGUCAUCAUCAUACCAGGUCACACCAAGUUAUCAUACCAGGUCCAUCAUUCCAGGUUAUCACAGCAAGUCAUACCAGGACACAUGAAGAUCAACUUUGGAAUCUUUAUCUUUAAAUAUUAAUUAGAAAUGACAUAAAGUGAAGGAAAAUAAGGGAAAAAUAGUAUAAAAUUGGCUCUCCUGUGGCACUGGCUCUCCUGUGGCACUGGCUCUCCUGUGGCACUGGCUCUCCUGUGGCACUGGCUCCCUGUUGAGAGAAUUGACGUGUGUUGUCAAUUUUUUCCUCAUGCUUGCAAUUUAAAUCCUUCAAUUAUCCUUCUUUUAAUUCUCUUUCAUUCUUAUCAAGAUUUUUUCUACAAAGUUGAUACAGAAGUUCCGGCAGAAGAGGGACUGGUAUCGUAAGAAUACUACUACUAAUAACAAUAAUAAUGAUAAGAAUAAUAAUAAUAAUGAUAAUAAUAAUAAUAUUAAUGAUAAUAAUAAUAAUAUUUAAUCCAGUUAUGCUUCUCGAUAAAAUUUUUGGGUAAGACUGAUGAUUAUUUUUUUUUCUACCUAAAGGGUAAGUUUAGUGGACCAUAGGCGCGUGUGUGUGUCUAUAGCUUUAAAAAAACCAAUGUAAGGAAACAAUUACGAGUGAAAACAUAAAUACAUACAUGCAUAUAUGGACGCUAUACCUUACCCAUAAAAGGAGGUAGACCAACAAUACCAGAGUGAUGUUUAAGCUUCUUGGCUCUUUUAAACUUUCUCCUCACAACACACGUAGACAAAAUAAUCUUCUCUCAAAACUUAUAUUAAUCUUAUGUUAAUGUGAUAAUUAUUGUUUAUUUUGUUUAUUUGUUGAUAUGUUUAGGAGGAAGUUCAGUCAGUAUUAUUUCAAGAAUCGUUAAUAUAAACUUUGAGGUCUUGUGUUUAUAAAAUUAAACAGGGUUUUCGAAAUCUUAUUCUAAAUCUAUAUCAGAUUUUUUUUAAAUAUUUCCAUAUAAUUUUCACCGUUAUAUAUUUUUGAUUAUUUUAAUUCUUAGUUCAUUUGUGUACAUUAGUUUUCCAGGAAGAUUUAUUUAUUUUUAAUCUUUGCCUAGUCUUUAUUUUUAUAUUUUUUUAUACGUUAUUUUAAGGCGAUAUCGUUUUCAACGUUAAUCUUGACACCUAAUUAAACUUUACUCCUUACUUUUUCCUUCAUAUCUUCCAAAAUAUAUUAAUUUUUUUCAAUUCUUCAUCAUAUCAAAUAUUCGCCUCGACUCAUUAUCUCUCUAUAAGCUUUUUCACCCCAAUUUUUUAUAGUAAGCAUUUUCUUAUUUCCAAAAUCUUUCCAUGAGAUUUUCUUCUGUUGGAAACUUCAUCAAACCCGAGGAAGAAAGUUUGCCAAGUAAGCGUUUGAGACUAGUGACUCUCCUUCAAACUUCAGCAGUCAAGAUUGUUCGAGCGUCGCCUCGGAGUCAAACUCUUUCUCCACUUGUAACCAAAUCUUGGAACAUAAUAAUAAUAAUAAUAAUAAUAAUAAUAAUAAUAAUAAUAAUAAUAAUAAUAAUAAAAACAUUAUCUUUACGCCAAAAAAAGAGAAAAAGAAAAAAUACCUCAUGUAAAAUAUAUAUAUAAAUGAAUAAUUAAUGUAUUGAAGACGAUGAGUAACACAAAAUGUGCAGUGUUUCUGUGUUAAAAAAAAUUCAAUACUGUACUGGGUCAAGAAUCUUCAAGAACUCGUACUUUUAAUAUUACUCUUAACUGGGAAUAUAAAUCUGAUUAAUUAACAUAAGAUAUUAUACUAACAACAACAACAACAAAAAUUACUUCAAAAUUAUACUGAGACGCUACCUAAAAAAAUAAAAAAAAAUAAAAACUUUCACUUCGCACCAAACAAAAUUAUCUUUACAUAAUGUUAGGAAAAUAUAUAACUGAUAUACCAGAUAAUGUUUUCUCCUAACUGGUGCUAAAAUUUAGGUAGAGUCAGCGUGAUUUUGGGGAUAUUCUUGUCAAUUAUUGUUAUGUUUUACUUGAAGUCAUUUCUAUACAGUUUUACAUCUUCACUUACAAGUAAUAUUUAUUGUACAAACUCUUAAGACUUUGACCUCUAUACCAACUAUGGACGACGAUACUAUUUCAGAAUUGCUACAGAAAUUUUUUUCUUGCCUACCUUAACGACCAAGACACGGGGGCAACUUUUACAUAUAAAAAUCCCAGAAGAAUAUAAAAUUAACAGUUCAAUACCAUAUUCCCUUAUUGAGGCUGUAUAUUUCUAGCCAUUCUGUAUCUAUUUGUAAUAAACUCUUUUCCCUUU